UCUGUGUCUUUGUGUGGUGUGGGUGGCUGUAAUGUUGGGGUUGAGGGUCCGCUGUGAUGAUACCGCGUCCCUAUGUGGGGCGUAUGCCCAUGGAGACAUUAUCCUUGGCAUUCUGGGGUCAGUUCAUUCCACAGUAAAUGACCUUGAAACACGGAUUCGUCCAGAUAAAUAUACCUGCACAGACUUCGAUCUAAUUCCGUUUGUAGAGUCUUUAGCUGUAAUUCACACAAUCGAAACGAUCAAUGACUCUGGAUUUCUUCCUGGGAUUCGGCUUGGAUAUCAGAUGUGUGAUCCGUGUGCAUACGGCACCAAAGCCUUACAGUGUGUGGAGCACAUGCUUUCUAUUAACGAUUCGUUUCCCGUCCUUGCUGACAACUCCAACUUUACUUCAUCUGUGAAGGUGUUCUUUGGAGAAAGAUACUCUGAAUUGUCUAUUCCUGUGGCCAAGUUCCUCAGUCUCUACAUGAUUCCUCAGAUUAGCUGCACCUCUUCUUCACCAACAUUAAGUGACAAAUCACGUUGUGCAUCCUUUGUCCGUGUCAUUCCAAGUGAUGUGUACCAGACAAAGGCCCUGGCAAAGCUCAUGCGGCACUUUAACUGGGACUGGGUUGGAGUGGUGUCCCUUGAUGAUGACUAUGGAAAGCCUGCCUUAGAGAAUUUUCUGCUGGAUUCAAAAGAAGAACAUGUGUGUGUAGCUUUCCAGGAGGUGCUACCAAACUACCUAGGUUUCAAAGAUACGCAACAACGCAUCAAGCUAGUGGCUGAUAUUAUCCGAAACUCCAGUGCCCAAGUUGUGCUGCUCAUUUUGAGAGCAGAGCAGGUAGAGAUGCUCUUUCAAGAGCUGAUUAAGACAAAUACUACUCGAAUCUGGAUCGCCAGUGAUGCCUGGUCUACGACACGCUUUGUAAUGAAGAUGAAGGACAUAAACAAGGUUGGAGAAAUCUUUGGCUUUACCUUCCUCACAGGGACGAUUCCAGGUUUUGAAGACUACCUCAAGAAUCUGACAGUAAAACAAGGAGAGAGAAAUGAUUUCAUCAGGGAGUACAAACAAAUGAGGUUCAACUGCAACCAUGGUCAGCAGUCGGAACACACGUCCCCUUUUGCCUGUAGUGUGCCAGACCCCCAGGCGGCAAACGAUGACUACCUGCUCCAUGCAGUAGACCUGACGGAGACCUACAGUCAGAGAGUGGCAGUAUAUGCCAUAGCUAAUGCCAUCAAGAAACUUCUAAAAUGCAGUGAUUCUGCCUGUUCCGGAGAUACAGACUUCAUGCCGUGGCAGCUUGUGGAGAUUCUUCAUGAGAUGAACUUCACCUUGGACAACCAGAUGUUUUCCUUUGACAAAUUUGGUGAUUUUAAGAAUGGUUAUGAUUUCAUUAGGUGGAAAAUGAGUGGUGAUGAAAGAGUACCUGAGGUGGUGGGAAAAUUCCUCAUAAAGAAUGGAGAAAUUGAGGUCUAUAGCAACAAAAUCCCAUGGACCAAUACUACAAUCAACCUUCUUGUCACCCAUGUCCAGAAGGUUUUUGGUCUCUUCCAGGGUCGAAGGAGUGUCAAAAAUGGAAUAUUUGGUUUUUGGAGUGGUCUUCAGCUUAUUCCAUUAGAAAAACACAUCAUAAAGGACAUCUUAGUCACUUCAUGUCUGAUGAAAUUUGGCCUGAUGGUGAGUUUUGGAGGUGUAAUACUUUUCUUAGGCAGCCCAAACAUCCAUAUUUGCAGAGCUCAACAGAUCGUGUAUGGUCUUGGGUUCACUCUCUGUGUGUCCUGCAUUCUGGUUAAGGCCCUUCACAUAUUCUUAGAGUUAAUGUCCUCUAAUCCUGCAAAGCAGCGCAAACUAAGAAAGUUUGAUAAGCCCUUUGUCAUCAUAGGAAUCCUCACUGCUAUUCAAGCUCUCAUCUGUAUCUUCUGGAUGAUAUUUGAUCCUGUUAAUGUUGAGGAGACACAAUCAAAAACUCAGUUACUUACCAUGAACCGUCUGUGCACUCAGGGCUCUAUGUAUGGCUUUGGUGCGAUGCAUGUCUACAUUGCUUUACUAGCUGUGCUAAGUUUUGGACUGGCCUUCAAGGGGAAAGAUAAUGACAAGACUGAUCCUAUAGUCUUCAGUAUGCUCAUCCAUCUGUUUGCCUGGCUUUGCUUUAUUCCAAUCUUUAUCACUCAAUAUGAAUCACGCCCCAUCGUCCAGAUCUCUGGCAUUAUGGUCUCAAACUAUGGAGUCAUCUUCUGCCACUUUGCCCCAAAAUGGUUUAAGAUUCUCUCAGAAAAGUCUGAAACAAAGAAGGCAGUAAAACCACCAGUUGAUCCACAAACAGAUGACUCAGACUCCGGAGUGGUUUGUAGGAGCUUAAGGGAAACAGUAUCAAUACCCAGCAUAUCACAGAGCCAAUUCAGCAUUGCAGAGUCAGGAACAUCCAAUUGGGAUACUAGCAGCCUGCAUGUGUCAGAAGUCAGUGUUGCCUCAUUUAGACAUUGUAGACAAAGAAGUUGGAGAUCAAGGAGGAGUCUAUAACUCUAUAUAAUUUGUUUAUCUGGUGAACAUUCUUCAAAAAAAUUCUUUAAAAAAAUUCUUACACAUCAUGGCAGUGAUAAAUUUACAACAGGAUAAGCAAGUUUCUAGUGGGUUGUAUUUUCUACAAACUCAGAUGUUUGCAUCACACAUGAUCAUAUAAAAUCUAGAAAAAAAAAUAUGCACAUGUGAAUAUAAAAGUCUGUAGCUGCCAUUAUAAUCACUUCUUUAUUUUCUUUCUUCUCCUGCUGACAUUUUCCCAGUGUAUGGUAGUGAGACCUAGACUAAGACUAAUGGUUGAAAGACUCUUUCAAAUCCAUCACUUUGCUAUUCGAAGUUUUUAUUAUAGAUACAUGUGCUAGGAGACCCCAGCAAGUAGCAGCAAUCAAAAACCUUCUUUUCCAUUGUGUGGUGACAUCUACUUGGAGAAUUAUGGACAAUCAGACAAAUGUGUUCAGACUGAGCUCCAAUUAUCAAGCUACCACUUGUUUAUUUUAUGGAUUUUUUA